AUGGGUUACCGAGAGCUGGUGAGGCGUUGGAACGAAGGUGUUUUGGCCCUGGAGAAGGGAGAUGGGGAACGCGCCUUAAACGUCUUCCGCAGCGUCGCAACUCCGACCUCCAAGAUAGAUUUCAACAUUGGCUCUUUGCACCUCCAGGCGUUAGACCGGACUGUUUCCAAAGACAAUUGCUUAGCUGUGGGCUUCUUCCAGAGAGGCUAUGUCUGCCUGCGGCUGGAGAGGUAUGAAGAAGCCCUGAAUGACUGCAGACUAGCCCUGACGCACCUCCGGAAGAACCCUUGCAUCGAUUACAAGCAGCUGGGUCUCAAGUUUGUGCUGUGUACCUGGGAGGUGCUGUACAAUACCGCUGCGGCCCAGUGCCGCCUUGGGAGAUGGCAGGAUGCUCGGCGAACACUGGAGGAGGCUGCCGGACAGUCCCACAAGGGCCCGAUCCCCCAGCUCAAUACGGCUCUGGAGCAGGUGCAGGAACAUCUCUUCCUGGAGCCGCGAAGCGUCCCUGUGGGGGAGAUUUUCAGGCCUCCGACCAAAGACGUGGAAGAGCUGGAAGAAAAGGAUUUCUUGGGGCAGCCCAAGGUAACGGCUGUGAUCUCCUCUGCUUUUCUGGAGGAUAAGUUGAGCGCCUCUCGUGGUCUGCAGACCCAGGUCCAUUCGGCGCGGCGGGAAGCUUCUCACCUUGACAGCAGGCCCAUCCUGCUAAAGGUACAUGGUUCCUACACCGUGGACAUGAAGGUGGGCGCCGCGCCAUCCCUGGCUGAUCUCACCACGUUGUUGCAGGAGGAGUGUCGUAGGCAGGCAGCACAGAUGACACUGAGGUACAGGCCUCCAGGGCAUGACGAGUUAAUACCUAUUAACAAUGAUGAGGAACUGAAGACGGUAUGGCAAGAAGUUCAGGAGGGUCGCCUGACCCUUUGGUGCCAGGGUAAAGAAGAAAGCGUGAACAGACCGGUCCUGUACCGCAUGGUUGCGCACCAUCCCUAUGGCGGUCAGGCGCAAGUGGACCUGCAUUUUAAGGAAGGUGACAAGCUGGAGGUUCUCUCUGAAGUGAACACGGAAUGGCUGGAAGGGCGCUGCAAUGGAGCUGUUGGCAUUUUCCCAAAAUGCUUUGCGGUGGAAGAGAGCGCUAACGCCACCUACCUCUAA